AAGAGUCAAAUCCAGAGCUGCUAAAAUAAACGUUGAACAGAGAAGAAGACACUAUUCAACAUGCGCGAGAUUACGCAUUCUCUCCCCCUCACUGCGUAUUAAACUACCGCCAAAAUUCCCUUCACAGUUAACAUUUCGUCCACAAAUUCUUUCUCUUCUUACCCAAUCUUCUCCUCCCUGCGGGAAAAUGAGCGAAUUCAGGUCCAAAUUCUUGGAGGUUUACUCUGUCUUGAAAUCCGAGCUCCUCCAUGACUCUACUUUCGAGUUCACUGACGAUUCGCGCCAAUGGGUCGAGCGGAUGCUUGAUUACAAUGUACCAGGAGGAAAGCUGAACAGAGGACUCUCUGUCAUUGAUAGCUAUAAGUUACUCAAACAAGGGGAAAAGCUAAGUGAUGAUGAAGUGUUCCUGGCGUCUGCACUUGGUUGGUGCAUUGAAUGGCUUCAAGCAUAUUUUCUUGUUCUCGACGAUAUCAUGGAUAAUUCCGUUACACGUCGUGGACAGCCUUGCUGGUUCAGGCUACCUAAGAUCGGUAUGAUUGCCGUAAAUGAUGGCAUAAUGUUACGGAACCAUAUCCCAAGAAUUCUCAAGAACCAUUUUAGAAAAAAGCCUUAUUACGUGGAUCUUUUGGAUUUGUUUAAUGAGGUGGAAUUUCAAACAGCCUCAGGACAGAUGAUAGAUUUAAUUACCACACUAGAAGGAGAGAAAGAUCUAUCAAAGUACUCAUUGCCACUUCAUCAUCGUAUUGUUCAGUACAAAACUGCAUAUUACUCAUUCUACCUUCCGGUUGCAUGUGCAUUACUUAUGGCAGGUGAAAAUUUGGACAAUCAUACUGAUGUCAAGAAUAUUCUUAUUGAGAUGGGAAUCUAUUUCCAAGUGCAGGAUGAUUAUCUGGAUUGUUUCGGUCAUCCUGAUGUGAUCGGGAAGAUUGGAACAGACAUUGAAGAUUUCAAGUGCUCUUGGUUGGUUGUGAAAGCACUAGAACUUGGUGAUGAGAAACAGAAGACUUUACUACAUGAGAACUAUGGGAAAGCAGAUAAAGAUUGUGUUGCCAAAGUGAAAGAGUUAUAUAAAGCCCUCAAUCUAGAGGGGGUAUUUGUCGAGUUCGAGAGCAAAAGUUACAAUAGGCUUAUAAAAGCCAUAGAAGUUCAUCCAAGUGGUGCAGUACAAGCAGUGUUGAAAUCUUUCCUCGCAAAGAUAUACAAGAGGCAGAAGUAAAGAACGACAGAGAGAAAGACAUCGACCGAAAACUGUCGCCCGCCCCGUCCCUGUAUACGGUAUUUUCCUGCUUAACAGCUUGGUUGAUGCAUGCUAAUAAUGAUGAAGAGUUGCAGUGGAAUAUUGAAUAAAUCUGGAAUGAGUUAUGUUAUUUUGAUUACUUUAUGGUUAGUUAAAGUCUCAGAAUUUUCUCAGGUGCCCCAUCUUUUUAGCUGUACUUUAACACAUAUCUCUAGUAUGUUAUAUCUGAAACGUUCCGUUUGGAGGUAACCAUUGAAAUUCUAGCUCUAAA